GGAAGGAUGAUGAGUGCCUGCCAUUUGAUUGGACCACCCCCCUGCCUCAGGUGUCCAUCGGCGCCUAGCCAAGGGAAUGGAACAUCAACAACUCGCAUCAUCCUCACCAUCAACACCAACAUCUUCUGCACACUCUUUCUUCACAUUCCUUAUCAUCUCUCGCUGUUUCUACUCAUACUAAACUGUCCGCUGUUCAAAUUCCUCAUCUAACCUCGAGCGCAAAUCACCCUACCCAGCGUUAACCCCUAUCGCCAAACAUGGAUUCCCCAUCACCCCAGGGCCUCUCGGCCCAAAACUCACCCAAACCCGACCAAGCCAAACUCACUCACAGACCAGCCAAUCGUAAACAAUCUUCUGAUUCUUCCUCAAAUACCCAAAAUGCACCUAUACCAGACGACAAGCACGGUGCCGAUUUGCCAAUGACCAUGUCCGCCUCAGUGGUGCUAACCAGCUUACCCCGCGAUGCCCAUCAAGCAUUGGCGGACGCUGAGGCUGUCGAUACGGGAAAAGUUACCGUUCGCUUUCAGCCACUGCCUUCAGCUCCCAUCCUGAAGAACCGUGUGUUCAAAAUUAGUGCCUCACAAAAGUUCGAAACAGUCGUGAAGUUUCUCAGGAAGAAGCUGGACUGUAAAGAAUCCGACUCGGUAUUCUGCUAUGUCAACAGUGUGUUUGCUCCUGGCUUAGACGAAGGUGUGGGUGGUUUAUGGAGGUGUUUCAAGACUGACGAGCAACUUAUCGUUGCUUACUCUAUGACGCCCGCUUUCGGCUAAUGAUGAGCAAAGGUUGAUGUGGUUUAGUGCAACAGCUGUCUGGACCAUUUACAGGUAAUCUUGCUGAACCAGAUACAUCUCAACAAGCUAACAUGGAAUGUGAGUAGGAAGGCAACUAUGCGCAAAAAUCGUCAAAGGUCAUUUGACAAUGUAUGAGAAUUAUGGACAUGAACAUGAAAUACCAAGGUAUCACAGAAACGACUUGCUGG